AUGCGAACUGAGGCCCGCUGCUCUGGCGAAGAGCGAGAGAACCCCGAAACGGCAUGGCUGUCGUGUGAAGAGAGCCAAAGAGAGGCACUGAGCGCUGUAUAUCUGUAUCUGGUGGAUGCGGUGUGGCUGGCAAGCGGCAAGAAGCAGACCGCCGGGGAAAUGGCAAGACGGGCAAGAAGAAGCAUCAGCUGUUGCAGCCGUACUCACAUUCGAUGUUGCGUCACGCUCUGUUCACCACAAGCAAAAAGCACUGUUAUUCCGCAACCACUCUCUUUUGUCCAAAAAGCUUCUCUACGUGAUUGGGCUGCUCAAAACGCACGAUGGCCAGUGAGACCUGCGCCCUUGACUCACUUGUGCUGGCCUGGCCAAAACCAUGAGCGGAAUACAUAUGGCUGUUCUAAAGGCCGUCUUUGUGCCCCGGAUGAUGAUGAUGAUGGAGAGGACGAUGCUGGAGCAACCGAUAGAGUUGUCCAGGUGGCAGAGCUAUAUCUAACUUCUAUUUCGCCGUAGUCUUUACAGUUGCUUGGUUGUGGCAACGCAUUAGCCACUGCUGGCAUUUUAUUUACGAAACUUAUUAAUCUAAGUUUACAAACUAACGGACUCGCCUUACGAAAUACGGAACUGGGUGGAAGUCAAAUCUAAAAGAACUUUCUACACCCAAACCAAAAUUAUACACUGCUUAAACUCUUCAGAAAAGCUUUCUUUUUACAAUUUUUUAGAUCAGGGAAUACUUUGGAUAGUUUAGAUUUUUAUCCCUUCCGUCUGAUCCAUCCGGUUCUUAAUUUUGAAAAAUAUAAUUGAUGUAUCCGUUUUCUUAUGCAGUCCAACUACAAUUAAAGCUUGUUUGUCUAUGCUUUUACUAUUAUUCCGCCCAUUAACUCUUCUACGUUGAACGUCAUUUAAUUUACUUCGAAUUGUAAUCGAAUGUGUUGAAAUACUAAGGAGAUUUUCAAUAUAUUAAUAUGGCCAACGACACUUGCAGCACAGAGUUAGUUGGAGUGAUCUUGACACAUUUAGUUUUGAGAUAGCCAAACCGAAGCCCAAAUAAUUGUGGCCACUGGUCAGCGAUCAAAUGAAGUCCAUUUAAACGUGGGCGUCAUCGGAAACGCAUUUGCGUAUGCCUAUAGAUUCGCCGGUCUGCUGCUUCCGACCCUACGAUUUUUGAAGCUUUUCUUCUCUGUCAUAGGUUGUUUGCUUUCACAAAAGUCAGUUAUGGCUUCUUUGUUAAUCUACUGGCUAUUUUAAUAGCGCAAUAAUGGAAUAUAAAUUGGGGUUGAUUUGUUUGGCAUGUAGAUGUAGUGUAUACCUCGAUUCAGUGUCGUAAUGAAUGUAAAUACUAACGACGGGGGUAGAAGAUGUAAAUUGUUAAGUGCAGGUUAAAGUAAGAGAACGCUAUAGUCGGCAUACUGAUAAAAAUGGGAAAACAAGAGUUAAAUGAAAAACAAGAGCGUAUGCUAUGGUCGAGUUCCCCGACUAGUUACUCAGCUAUUGGAAAUGCGAAGAGGAAUUUAAACUCUGGGCGUUAGAGUGCCAAAAAAGGUUUUCUGCAAAUUGAUUGAA